AUGGACGUAAAGUUUCAUGUAUUACUGUCUUGUCUUUUUCGUUGGCCCGAUAUGAUAGGAGAGGAUUAUGAACUAAAGAGAUUGGCAACAUGUACCACCUGCAUUGAAAACGAUUUAGAUGAAAUAACUGGUAUUACUCCAGCACCUUCAGAUCUUCACUUAGUUUGUAUAAACCCACACCAUUAUGGCCGUAUAAAUCUACAAGAAUCUGUGCCAUCACCUUACGUUAUCUACCAAUUAAAUGAUUUACCCUGUGAUUCUACUGAAGCAGAUUCGAGCAAUCCGUCAAUAUCAUUUGAUUCUGCUGGUAAAAGUUUCGAUGAUCAUUCAUCGUAUUCGUCAAUAUGUAAAGCUUCUUUCGAUAGCAGUUGGUGUGCUAUCGCGUAUUGGGAAUUUCGUGAACGUGUUGGUAGAAUAUUUGAUGUUAAAAGUUCAACCGUCAAUAUUUUUCAACAACUGCCUGAAGGAGAAGGAUUUUGGUUAGGUGCCCUAAACCGUGAUGGUGUUUCUGGAAAUAUUUCCAAUACUGAUUCGAAUCAGUGUGAUAGCCGAGUAUUCCACCGUAUCGGCUACGGAUUGCAACUAUCGCGUGAAGAUGAUUCUGUAUGGAUUUAUAACCGCAGUGAGCAUCCUUUAUAUGUUAAUAGCCCAUUGUAUAAUAAAAAUAUUCAAUCGACUCAUAACACGGAAGUUAAAAAGGUCCAACCUGGAUACUCAUUAAAGGUAUUUAACUAUGCUAGAGUUGAUAUGCCUCAGCAGAUAAGGCCAUACGUUGGUCCAAGAUACCCUUAUUCGAUACGUAUUAGUUUUGUGAAAGGUUGGGGUCGUAAUUAUACUAGGCAGUUUAUUACGUCAUGUCCAUGUUGGUUAGAAAUUUUACUCAAUGUAUCGCACUGA